UAAAGAGGUGGCUGGUUGGCGCGCGCGCGGAGAGAAGUGUGUUCUGCCGUUUUGGUGGAGAGAGAGAGAGAGAGAGAGAGAGAGACAGAGACAGAGCGUGGUAGUGGUGGUGGGGGGGUCGAAGGUAGGUUCUUGUGAGUGUGUUUUGGAAAACGAUGGGUUGGUGGGAAGGUUCCGAUGAAACUCGGGUUAUGGUUGCUCCAGAUUCUGGUUGCACUGAAAAUGGCGUUGGACGCUACCUAUCACUCCGCCAUCCCAAAUCUGGCAACAAGACAUGCUAUCUCCUUGUCAAUGAGGGGCUUCAAGAGCUUCACUGGUUUAAGCAAUCCUACAGUUCUUGGUUCCUGGGUGAUUAUGUUGCUGAAGAUGGCCGGCUAUAUAUUGCCACUCCAGUUGAUCCUGUUUUUGUUUUGUUGCCCAUUUUUGAGGAAGCCAGAAUGAAGAAGCGGGAUGAUCCUGGGAAGUUUAGGCAAAUAGACGAAAUUAUCUUCAUUGAUGGUUAUCCUGGAUAUCAACAUUUACUGUCAAUUGCAGAGAAAUCCAUGCAAGUGGUCUGUGAAGUUAAAGAAGUUGGAUCCUUAAAAUUUUUCAGGCUUGAUGACUCCAAAGUUCUCAGUUGGUUGUGCUGCAAGGUAAGUCAGCUAAAACAGACAUUAUUGACCUUAGACAAAAACUAUGCUGCACAAGGAGAGAAAGAGACAGUAUCUGAUGCAGCUUCAAUAUUAGGUGAGUACUUGAAGGAUGAGCCAUGGUUGAAGCAUCUGUGUGACCAUUUGAGGUUAAACUUACUAGAGAUAACAAGGAAAGCACCAGAUAUUGAAAAUCCUCCUCCUGAUGCUGCAGAAAGUGAUCUAGGGUCUUGCAGUGUUUUGCAGGAGGGGAAGAAUAAGAGCACGAUUAAGAAUUCAAGAGCUGGGAAGCAAGCUAAGAAGGCAAAAGUGGAGACAGAAUCACAUAACAUUAGAGAAAUGUUUACUAGGGCUUCAAGAAGGAAAAACUGAAGAAUUUCUGCGGAAAAGACUGAACUCAUCAUGGAGGAAUCAUCACUGAGACGUAUUGUUGUAUGUUGAAAUUGACUCCCAUGCUAGUUAUAAGUAACUGCUGCUGUUAGAUUGUAAGAAUGAAUGUAACUAAUUCAAUUUUUGCGUUGAUACUACCGUAAUUUAUGAUUAAAAAGAAGAAGAAGAAGAAGAAGAAGAAGAAGAUACUACUAUUAUAGUUUUAUUAUUAUUA